ACCGGCGACGCCCGCCCGGCUUUUUUUUUCACGUUCAAGUCCAGACGUGCGCCACAGUUUUAUUUAUUUAUCAAUUGUUUCGCUCAAGUGCAUGAAAUGUAUGGGAACGGAUGACGUCGCGCGCCCUACAGUGCGGGUGUGUGUGUGUGCGCGCGCGCGUGUGUUUGUGUGUGGGCGUGGAGCAAAGUGAGAAGAGGAGGAGGAGAAGCCUGAAGCUGAAUCCGGUCUGUAGCUAGAGCAUAAUAUCAAUGGUGGAAUUACAACUCCAGCCUUUGAGCGAACUGCUGGAAAAUGUGUGUAAUAUCUGAGGAAUAAAGUUGUAAAUGGUCGCUGUUUGCAGUUAGCCGAGCUCGACAUCUUUUAAGUGCCGGAGGUGAGUUUCACACAGCUCUCCACAGAACCGAAGCCCAGCCUCCCUUCCUGGAUGUGAAGCAGAUCAGGCAACAACGUUUCUACAUCAGGACACUUGCGACCGUUGGACCUCCAUUUCGGCAACCUCCAGCAAUGAUGUAGACUUGACAACAACAUGAUGAUGAUGCUCGCAGGGAGGAGGAGCGGUGUCUGACUCUCUCCUCCUUUUUCUCAUAUCUGGUACUCUGUGCUCGUCCUGAUUGGGCGGCCAGAGUGCUAUGUCAUCAUCCACACCCCCUUCGGCCCCACCCUUUAAGAAGGGAAGGAAGCCGGAGAAAUCAGAGGUGAUGUCUGAGUCGGUGCAGGCCACCAAUGAGGAGCUGAGGAGCAAACUCAUGGACGCCCAGAUUGAGCUGCAGCAGGAGCGUGGCAAGGUAUGUAAGCUCCGUGAGCGGCUCCAGGAACAGCGGCAGGCUCGGGAGCUUGAGCAGCACAAACACGCUGUAGCUCUCACUGACCUGCGCGCCAAACUCCAUGAGGAAAAACUACGCGAAAUAGCGGCUGUUCGUGAGGCCCUUGCACGACAGCAUGAUGUCGAGCUGGCCAGGGCCAUAAAGAUCCGGGAUGCUGAGGUACAAAGGCUCCAGGGGCUUGUAAAUGCACUGAGAGAUGGAGCUGCUGACAAGCUCAAAAAUGCUCUUCUUGGAGAGGCUCGAGAGGAGGCCAGGAGAGCUUUUGAUGGGGAGAGGCUAAAGCUACAGCAGGAGAUCCAGGAACAGAAGACAGCCAGGAAGCAGGCUGAGGAGGCGCUUGCAAAUGCUCAACAGGCAGAUAAAGCCAAAGCAGCUGAUCUCCGUACAGCCUACCAACAGCACCAGGAUGAGGUGCACCGCAUUAAACGGGACUGUGAGAAAGACAUCCGCCGACUGAUGGAUGAGUUGAAGGCAAAAGACCGGGUGGUGUGCGCCCUGGAGAAGGAGCUGGGCAUGCAGGCCGGCUACACCCAGAAGCUCCUGCUUCAGAAGGAAGCCCUGGAUGAGCAGCUGGGCCAAGUACGAGAGGCUGAGAGACACAACCACGGCAGCCCCAAGAGAGAGGUUGUGCCUGGGCUGGGGGACAAUCCAGAUCUCCUCAACAACCAGGAGGCCGAGGAGCGUGACAUGAGGAGGUUCCAGCUGAAGAUUGCAGAGCUCCAUUCGGUCAUCAGGAAACUGGAGGACAGAAAUGCACUACUGGCCGAUGAGAGGAAUGAACUAUUGAAGCGGGUGCGAGAGGCCGAGAGCCAAAUGAAGCCCAUGUUUGAGAAGAACAAGAGGCUGUCCAAGAAGAAUGAUGACCUCCUGCAAACACUGCAACGGAUGGAGGAGAAACUGAAGAACCUGAGCCGAGAAAAUGCUGAGAUGAAGGAAAAAGCCUCUUCUUCUCGGCCUCCCUCACAGCAACAACCCACCCACCCCCAGUUGAGGCGGCCAAGCUCCCUAACAGAUUUGAGCCAUGCCCAUGAGGAACAGGAAGUGGAGUUCCUGAGGCUGCAGGUUUCUGAGCAACGUGGCAUCAUUGACGAGCUCACGCAGGAACGUGACCGAUUAGUGAUGAGCAAAAAGAACAGGAGGAAACCUAUCAAGCUUUCCAAACCGGGGCGUGUUGUGGAGACAUAUUUUGGAUUUGAUGAGGAGUCGAUAGACUCUGAGACUUCCUCUCUGACCUCCUAUAACACUGACCUCACUGACCGCACACCUGCGACUCCAGAGGAGGACUUGGAAGAGAGUGUUUCCCGUGAAGAGUCAGAGCUUCGUUUCCGUCAGUUGACCAGAGAGUAUCAGGCUCUCCAGCGGGCCUACGCUCUUCUCCAAGAGCAGACAGGGGGCUCUCUGGAUGCUGAGAGGGAGGCCAGGACACGUGAGCAGCUGCAGGCAGAGCUCAGCAGCUGCCAGGACAAGAUCGUCGACCUGGAGAAGGCCCUGGCCGAGAGAGGGCAGGAUUCAAAGUGGGUGGAGGAGAAGCAGUACUUGCUCAGGACCAACCAAGAACUUCAUGAGAAGAUGUGUGUGUUGCAGCAGGCAGAGUCGCGGCUGCAGGCCGAGGUUCAGGAUGCUCGGGAUCAGAAUGAGCUGCUGGAAUUCAGGGUCCUGGAACUGGAAGAGAGAGAGCGCAGAUCUCCUGCCCUCAAUCUGCACAUGUCUGCUUUCCCUGAGAACAGCAGCAGUGCCCUGCAGAUCUACUGCCAUCAGGAGGGAAUCAAGGAUGUAAUCAUUCCUGAGCUGAUGAAGAAGCUGGAUAUCCUGGGGGAUAAUGGAAAUCUCAGAAAUGAGGAGCAAGUUGCAGUGAUCCAGGCAGGGACAGUGAUAUCACUGUGUGAAAAGUGGUUGAAGCAGAUAGAUAGCACAGAGGCUGCCCUCACACAGAAGAUGAUUGACCUGGAAAAUGACAAGGAGUUGUUCAGUAAGCAGAAAGGAUUCUUGGAGGAAGAACUGGACUACAGGAAGCAGGCCUUGGACCAGGCCUACAUGAGGAUCGAGGAGCUGGAGGCCACCCUGUAUAGCGCUCUGCAGCAGGAGCAGCCGGCAUGCCGAGCGGUGGCCGAGUCGCUGACAGACAGGCAGAGGGAGGAGCUGAGGCUAGCCGUGGACAAGCUGCGGCGUCAGAUUCUCCGGCAGAGCCGGCAGUUUGACAGUCAGAUCUUACAGGAGCGCAUGGAGCUCCUACAGCAGGCCCAGCAGAGAAUUAGAGAGCUGGAGGACAGGAUUGACUUGCAAAAGAGACAAAUAAAGGAAAUAGAGGAAAAGUUUUUGUUCCUCUUUUUGUUUUUCUCUUUAGCAUUUAUUCUUUGGCCUUAAUGAAAGUGACCGUGGACCCAUAUCAGGUGUUAUGGUACUGAGGAGGCAAGCGAGGACAGAACAAAACUUAAUUGUUUUUUAUGCGUUUGUAGACUGCUCACGAAAACCGUUUGUCCUUUUUUGAUAAAUGUGCACUUUUGCAGAAGACCCUUAUCUGGAAUGCAAAC